AUGGAAGCUUUAGCAACGGAUAAAAACAUCACCUCGAAGAAUGAAGAGAGGAACGAAAAUGGAAAUGAACUUCUAACAGGAUUGUCAACUUUAAAGGAACACGAAGGAGAAGUAACUUAUGAGAAGAAGGAAGACGCAGAAAUAUCUAUGCAUAUGAACGAGCAAGAUAAAUUAGACGUACCAUCAUUGGUCGAAAUAUGCAAACAACAAUUGAUAGUAAUUUUGAAGGAUAUGUCUGCCGAUUCGAGCAGUUCGGAUGAAAAAACUUCCUUUAUGUAUCACCUGAACAGGUUAAGGAAUGCAGUAACCGUUGUGGAUUUGCAUAACUAUAUAGCCGUGUUUGGUCCAUGUCUAAGUUAUAACAAAUUACCUUCCACCUGGAACAUAUCCGUAUCAGAUUAUUUAAAGCAACAAUUGAAUAUACUUCGUGCUGCGGACUCACAACAGAACUCAGGCAAUUACGUUAGUUAUUUAGAACUACAUAAUGAUUAUGAAGAUAUUUUAAAUGAAAAAAAAGGAAACACAAUAGUGACAGGUAGCAAUGGCAUCCAAGGAAAUACUAAUUCGAAUAACAUAAAUUCUCAUCUGUCCAUAAAGGGGAGUAGCAUACAUAUAAAUUCUGCGAACACUACAAGUAAUGUGAGCGGGAAUGUAAAUGGAAAUGCUAAUGGACAUAUAAGUGUUAAUACCGAAGGGGGCAAUCUAGGAUCAUUUACACUAGGUGAUCAUGAAGAUAGCAACAUUGUAGAAGAUUAUUAUGACUGUCUCAUGAGAACCAAGUUAUCUGAUGAUACCCCGAAUUGUUUAAAAUAUAUGAUGAAUUCGAAGACUGAUUCUUUAACAAAUGCGGAAGUGGAAAAUGUGAUAUCGUACUUGAAAAAGUAUGAAGUAAAGUCGAAUAAAAAUUAUUGCAGUUUGGAGGAAGAGUUGAAAUAUAAUAGAGACUCUGAUUUUGAGUACCAGGAGGAUUACUUAAAGGAUAAGACUUUGUACGACUCCGAUUUGGAUGAUAAUAAUUUAUUUGAUAGCAACCUCAUAAGCAGUAAUAGGAACAUGAACGACAGCAGUAGCAGCAUGGUAAACCUGAAUUUGAGUAGCAACAAUAAUACGCAUACAAACAAUAACAACAACAAUAACAAUAAUAGUAAUAAUUUGAAUAGCAAAAGUUAUAAUAUGAAAUAUGAUUCUUUGAAAAAAAAUAAUAGCGAUGUUAUGAACACAUGGGCUAGGGCAUGUACGGAGGGACAUCCUGAAUAUUUGCCUAGAAUUCCAGGAGUUCGUUUCAAUCCGAAGAAGCAACAAUGGCUAGCUGCUUGGAAUGAUAACACUAGGGAAAUUAGAAGAUACUUCUCUGUUAAACAGUACGGUUUUGAACAAGCCCGAAUUUUAGCCGUGAAAGCUAGACAGGAAGCCGAGAAAGCAGGCGCGAGAUGUAAACCCAUGUUCCAUGUACAUGGAAGGAAGACAAUGGAAAAUGCAACAAACGAUGUUAUGAAAAAUAACAAUGAUAUGAUGAUGGAGGAUGGCACCUUUGGUAACAAUAACGCAGGAGGAAACACCCACGUUGGAGGAAGUAACGUAGGUGGCAAUAUGGGAAUGAUGAACAAUGCCGGAAGCAAUGCGGCGCACAUAGGGACGAACGUAGCUAUGAACAAUGGAGGCAUACCCGCUGGAGGAACACACGAACAUAUAAACAAGAAGGAGUUAUUGAAAAAUGAAAAUAACAAAGGAGUUAAGCGAGGAAGGGGAAGGCCUCCUAAAAGAAAACUAAGCGAAAAUUCGCAGCUCUCCUUGGACGAUAUGGAACAGACCCUAUGUAGGAAUGGAGAAAACGCAGAAUUGAUGGAAGCUAUGGAUUCCUUUGAUAAGAGCUGUACCAGACCCAUGAAGGGAGUAUCCUAUAAUGAUCGAAAGGGUUCUUGGCUAGCCUAUUGGUCUAUAGGGAAGAACUUUCAGAUGAGAAGGUUCCCCAUUAAAAAAUUAGGUUUCGAAAAGGCAAAGGAGCUAGCCAUUCAGUGCAGAUUAGAAGCAGAACAAGCAGGAGCGACGACCACAGAAAAUAGAACCAAAAGAAUUAGGAACUUGCUAAACAUGAAUUCGGAAAAUGCGGUGGAAGGAAUGAUGGAAAUGAAUUCCCUAGACCCGGAUGAUAACCUAAAUGACACGAAUAAAAACCUCAAUGGAAAUAUGAUCAUGCCUCAGAUGCAUUACUAUAAUGCGCACGGAAUGAACAACAGUAAUAUGCACCCAAAUAAAAUGCCACAUAGCGAUUGUCAAGAAAGCGAAAAUGAUUAUUCUCCUACGAAGAGAACAAGAGCACCCAGAGGAAGAAGAAUGGAAAGUCUAACUGCACGUGCUAGUGCUCUGACCCCAGUGGAAGGGGUGCGAUUCGACCCAUAUUCAUAUUCCUGGUUUGCCAAAUAUCUAGAAAAUGAAAAUUCCAAAGAACCGAAAAUAUCCAAAUACCUUUUAAAAAAAUGGGGAUUCAAUAAGGCACACAGUUUGGCUGUUCAUACGGUAAAAUGCGCCUACAAAGCUGUUCCCUUCACGGACGAGGAGCUAAUUAACAUAUUUAAUGUAGACUCCAAAAAUCUCGGAAACAAUCAAAACAGCAUGAUGAAUUUGCCAUUUAAGGACUCGUACGGAAAUAACUCAGGCGCGAAUGGGAAUGCAUACAAUGACAACAACUACGGUGGAAUGGGUGUCACAAAUUCAGCGAAUGGCGCGCUUAUAGGAAACAUGGGGUAUAUGAAUGGUAAUAUUGGUGGUAGUGUUGGCAUGGACCAUGUUGUGAAUGGCAUGGGUAUUAACGGGGUUGGUGGUGGCAACUUCGCGCAGAAUAUGGGUGCCUACAAGGGAGGUGUGAACACACACGGCGUUAUGAACAACAUGGGGAAUAACAACACGGAGAAGAACGUAGAUAUGAGUAACAUGAAUGAAGAGGAAUCAACUAUCGGGAAUGGAAGUAGCAACAACGCUAACAACCUACCGAUCAGCAUGGACAACGCAAACACCCUGCUAAACAACGUCGACGGCGGCAACAAUAUAAAUUCUGCUAAUAAAAUAGACAUAAUGAACAAUUGCACUUAUAAUUACAAUGGUGGAAAUAAUGCUAUCAAUGAAGGUACAGCAGGAACAGGUAGCCAAAAUAAUUACCACCACGGGGGGUUAUUAACAAACAACGGAAUCAUUGUGGGUGCCAGUUUAGGUGAUAACAAUGUGAACGGCCCAUCAUCCAUCAAGGACAAUACAACCAUAUCAAAUGGAGUAAAUAUGUAUAUGAAUGAACAAAGGGGGUUGAAUACAAACUACAAUGGGAAAAGUUUUUCUACAGGGGAAGUGUUAGUUGCGCCCGGUGGGUCUUCAACAAUGUUGGAAGAUGAAAAUUCAAAGAUGCUAAACAAUGCACACCUAAUGGAUAACAGUAACAGCACAGGAAAUAACAGCAGUGGGAGUGUUAUACACAACACUAGUGUAGAUAAUUAUAUAAUGGGUAGCGAUUGUGUCUUAAAUAAUAACAAUAGAAAAAUGAGCGCACCUCAUGUUGGCAACCCGACUAUAGGUGGAGGACCAUCACCGUUUAGUCAUCAUCACAUGGAUGGCCCAGCUGGAGUGGGUGUAGUGCGAAUGAACGAAAUGCAUAUGAAUGGGGAGAAUGGCAUUAAUACGAAUCCAGCAAAUGCCCAAUACGGGAUUACAUCUACGGGUUCUAACAUGAACAUAAAUUCUGAACCCGUCAUGAACAAAGACAUGAUGAACAGCGCCAGUGGCAGCGUAAAUCUGGGAACGAACAACAAUGGCAAUAAUAGUAGCAUCCUGGAGGGGCGUGAUGUUAUAGACAACACCAGAGUUGUCGAGCAUCCCUUAGAGCAAAGGAAGUUUGUAAAUAUUAUGAACGACGCAGGCAACAUUGAUAGCGGUGUCAAUAGUGAAAACGGCGCUAACAAUACCUAUGCUAAUAAUAGCCCAUAUGGCCCCAAUGCAGGUACAAAUUUUAAUUCGUACGAGGGUGAAAACGCGGGCACGGUCAAUAUGAUUGGCUCCAAUGCAAAUGAGCUUAACGAGUCCUCCAUGUAUUACAUGAACGUGAAACCGGAGAUAAAGACGGAGCAGUGA